UUAACCGGUAGGAGCAGAUUUUGAAUAGAAAGGUGCUCAAUCAUGAUGAUAGAGAGCAAUAUGGAUAAAGACCACACCUGGAUUGAAAUUAGACAAGAUGAAGGGAAUUUGACAGGAGCAAAUAAUGUGGACGGGCAAAUUUUGAGUGAAAAUAGAAAUGAUGAAGACGAAUUAUUAGCAUCAUUGAUUCGAGGAAAGUUUUUAGAGCCACCUCCAUCACCACCUGGCAUAUUUAAAAUUCCCAAGAUUCUUCAGGGUCCUAAUGAAGCUGAGUUGAUACUUCCAAAGUUAGUAUCAAUUGGGCCAUAUCACCAUGGUAAAAGGAACCUUCAAGCCAUGGAAAGAAUAAAAUUAUGCUACUUGCAUUGCCUCCUCAAUCGAACACCAACUCCUGACACCACUUUGAAGCACUUGGUCAAAAGAGUUAGAGCUAUAGAACAAGCUUGUCGUGAUUGCUAUGACGAAAAAAUUGAUAUGAGUAGUCACCAGUUUGUAGAAAUGAUGGUGGUUGAUGGUUGCUUUGUUAUUGAGUUCAUGCUCGGAAGGACAUACAGCAAGAUUCUUUGGAAUGAUCCUCUGUCCCAAAGUUCAUGGAUGCGCACCCCACUUAUAUCAGAUUUGUUUCUACUGGAAAACCAGUUGCCUUGUUGCACACCAUGCGUUUUCUAAAGCCAAAUGAUGGAGCAUUCAAAAUCAGGCAUUUACUUGACCACAUAAGAAUUGGUAUAGUUGGACCAGAAAAGCUAACCAUCAGUUCACGUCGUUAUUU